GUGCGAUUCACUGAACCGACACACGAGGGAGACUUCACUGCAGCUCCGGAGAUUCAGCGCAUCACGACCUACUCGACUUUUAGCUUCGAUCAACCAAAGGAAAUCUUCUUGCUCUUUCAGAAUUAUCCCAUUUAAUCAAGACUUUUACCAUGUCCGUGAACAUCCACAUAAACAGUCCCAACGUGAAGUACACGGAUACUCACAUCUUUGCGAAGUAUUCUUAUGAGAGUACGUCCGUGCAGCAGGACGGGAGCAACAUCACGGUGACUCCGCGCUCCACGGAGAUGACGUUUCGCACCGAGCGGCGGGUCCCGCGGCUCGGCGUAAUGCUGGUGGGCUGGGGGGGCAACAACGGGACCACCGUCACCGCGGCUGUGCUGGCCAACAAGCUGGGGCUGACCUGGAGGACCAAGAACGGGGAGAUGAAAGCAAACUACUAUGGCUCCCUGCUGCAGUCCUCCACAGUCUGUCUGGGAUCGGGGUUGGAGGGAGAAGUAAAUGUUCCAUUCCGUGACGUCCUGCCCAUGGUUCACCCCAACAACAUUGUGUUUGAUGGGUGGGAUAUCUCCUCCAUGGAUCUGGGCAGAGCAAUGGAGAGAGCUAAGGUGCUUGACUGGUCUCUGCAGGAGCAGCUGCGCCCUUACAUGAGCUGCCUAAAACCAAGGCCAUCCAUCUAUAUCCCAGAAUUCAUUGCUGCAAAUCAGGAGAGCCGAGCAGACAAUGUCCUCACUGGAACUUUGACAGAGCAGGUGGAGCAGAUCCGAGCUGACAUUAGGGACUUCAGACAGUCCAGCGGCGUGGACAAAGUCAUCGUUUUGUGGACGGCAAACACAGAACGCUUCUGUGAUAUUGUUCCAGGCAUCAAUGACACAGCUAAAAACCUGCUGGCUGCCAUCCAGGCUGGGGCAGAAGUCUCCCCUUCCACUCUGUUUGCAGUGGCCAGCAUACUGGAGGGCUGCGCCUACAUUAACGGAGCUCCUCAGAACACCUUUGUUCCUGGAGCAGUAGAGCUGGCCAUGCAGAGAGGCGUCUUCAUCGCCGGCGAUGACUUUAAGUCCGGUCAAACCAAGAUCAAGUCAGUGCUGGUGGACUUUCUGGUUAGCGCAGGCAUCAAGCCAACGUCUAUUGUCAGUUACAAUCACCUUGGCAACAAUGACGGGAAAAACUUGUCGGCCCCGCAGCAGUUUCGCUCCAAAGAGAUUUCUAAGAGCAAUGUAGUUGAUGACAUUGUCCAGUCCAACCCCAUUUUGUACAAGCCUGGAGAGAAACCCGACCACUGUGUGGUGAUUAAAUAUGUCCCUUAUGUGGGAGACAGCAAACGAGCCAUGGAUGAGUACACAUCAGAAAUCAUGAUGGGAGGACUCAAUACUAUUGCAAUGCACAACACCUGUGAGGAUUCUCUGCUUGCAAGCCCCAUCAUUCUUGACCUGGUGAUCCUAACUGAGCUUUGUCAGCGUGUGAGCAUCAAGCCUCAGGGAGAAGAAGACUUCCAGUCUUUCCACAGCGUCUUAGCCCUCCUCUCCUACCUCUGCAAGGCCCCAAUGGUGCCAUCAGGGACCCCUGUUAUCAAUGCCUUCUUCCGUCAGAGGGCUUGCAUUGAAAACAUCAUGAGGGCAUGCCUUGGUCUUCCUCCUCAGAACCACAUGAUGCUUGAGCACAAGCUGCAGAGGAACUUCCUGUCUGCACACACAACCUAUGUCAACAGCGACGUGGCUGCUUUGAAAACAUUUACACUCCCCAAUGGGAAACAUGUACCUAUCCCCAUCACAAACGGAAUUCACGCACACGAGAAUGACACUGCAUGUGCUCUGUGAUUGCACAUUUUUAGCUAAAACAAAGUGCAAAACUACUGUAAGCCUAUUUUUUUAGAAGAACAAGUAUUUUGUGAUCAAACAAAAGACAUUUGAGAAUUUAACUAGGUGUUAAAAUAAAAUGAUUUUAGAGUACUUGUGAUAAAUAUCAUUCAUGUAGAAGAAAUGUGUUAAGUCUUUUUAGUCUGUAUUAUAUUUGAAGUUUACUAAGCUGCUGUGCCUCAGUACUGUUCAACUGUAUACUGUGCUGCAUUCCUAAAAAAUACUGUUUUAAAAACAGAUUUAGGUUUUGCUUUAUUUGUUUUUUGUUUUCUAGUCUUGUGUCAUUGUGUAAAUGCCUAUUUAUAUACAAUAAACAUAAGUAUUGAUUUCCCUAAAC